UCUACAUGGAAGGAUUUCUUGCACCAUUUAAUUCAGCUGUCAUAAAUGCCGCCCAGCUUAAAGAGUUAAUAGAAAGUAUGACCAAAUUCUUUGAAGAUGUAGCCAGAGACAUUAUUAGAGGUAAUGG